AUGCCCCGAGGAGAUAAAGUGGUGCUGCGCGUGAGGGCCUAUGGACAACAGGGACUAGAGUUUGCACUGUCUAGAGCCACUAUCAAUGAGAGAAGAGAUGCGAGUAUCUACGUCUUGAUUAGCGCAUUGACACUCAGUUCCGGGGUCUUGUUAUCGUCUGUUAAAUGGGAUAUGAUCCCCUCAACUCGACAAUGGGUUUGUCUACUUCUACUGGCAUUGGUAGUUGCAUGGAUAAUUCAAGCUACAGGAAGCGUCAUUGUCGAAGAAGCGAUGCUGGUGGUGCCGUCUCUUGGAGUGAGGCUGAGCAAGAAGCACCGCAGUGGUGCAGUAAGUAGUAAGUUUGUAGACCUGGACAAGAUUUGUGGCGUCGCGGUGAACGAAGCCAUCACGUUCUCGAAUGUCAUGUAUUCACUGGUACUUAUGGUCGACGGGCAAAACGACAUGGUACUGCCAUUCGAGACGCUCCAGCCACAAGUGGCGGUCUUGCAGGAAAUUUUUCAGGAGACAACGAGGUUGCUUUUUCCCGAGGGCAGCGACCGCAAACUGCAUCUCCCGGAAGAUGUCGCACCUCCACCGUGCUGA